AUGGAUCUGUUUGGAGAUAUAGAUGACAUUUCUUCAGAGAGCGAUGAGGACCAGCGAACAGCUGUUCCAAGACAGCCUGUUGUGACCUGUGUCUGCCAAACACAGAGCACAGCUGGAACAUUUCUCCUGUUUCUUUACGCUCUCCCAUUCUGACCCCUCCUUUAGGGCGAACGUGGGGUGCCUCAGAACCAGCACGUGGAACGGCGCAUUUCUGAAACCAGAAUAAAAAUAGAAAUUCCCAGCAUCAACACUGACUUAGGAAACGAGCUGUAUUUUGUUAAACUACCUAGAUUUCUCAGGAUAGAACCCAAACCCUUUGACCCUCAGCUUUAUGAAGAUGAAUUUGAAGAUGAGAAAGUGCUUUAUGAAGAAGACAAAACUAGGUUAAAAUUAAAGGUGGAAAAUACUAUUCGCUGGAGGAUGUGCCGGGAUGAAGGAUAUAAAGCUAAAGAAAGCAAUGCUCGGAUAGUUAAGUGGUCAGAUGGAAGCAUGUCCCUGCAUUUAGGCAGUGAAGUGUUCGAUAUCUACAAGACCCCACUGCAGGACAACCAUAACCAACUGUUUAUACGGGAAGACACUGGUCUCCGGGGACAAGCCAUCUUUAAAUCCAGACUUACCUUUAGACCUCACUGUACAGACAGUGCCACCUAUAAAAAGAUGACCCUUUCAUUUGGGAACAAAAGUUCAAAGACACAGAUUCGAAUCUUACCGAUGGCUGGUCGUGACCCUGAAUGGCCGCGCACAGAUUUGAUUCAGGAAUGUCGGAAAAAAGAACGCUCCAGGGUGUCUACACAACGGAACUUCCAUUUGAAGAGGAAGAACCAGCCAUGUCCAAGUCCCACCAUCCAGCAGCCUGACAGUGAUGAUGAGGAAGAGGAGGAGGGAGAAGAGGAGGAAGGCAAGGCCUCCAGCCUUGUUACCAUUAAAAACCAUUACCUGGGAGCAGUCCACAAGAAACAAGCCCUGCCUUCCUUAGACAGUGAUGAUGAAGGAUCUGAAGAAGAUAAGGCCGGGAGAAUAUUGAAAGCCAAGAAACUCGUGAGCGUCAGGGGAGAUGAACCCUCCAGAAAGAGGCCAAGGGGUGAAGAGGAAGACUGAAGUGUACAAGGAAAUGUACGCUGGUGACUAUCAAAUUCAAGUCCUUAGUUUUCUGUUUGUGUUGGGACUGAAUCUAGAGCGUCCUGUCUGCUGAACAUACAUUCUACUACUUAGGUACACUCCAACCCCUCAAAGAUAGUAAAGCAAGAUGAUUGUCUAGACUCACAAUGAACCAAUGAGAUGGGCCAUGCUGAAACCAUUGGUUUUUUUGAGAUGAGAUCUUACCAUGGAGCCCUGACUGGCCUGGAACUUGCUAUGUAAACUAGGCUGGCCUGGAAUCUGGAACACACAAAGAUCUGCCUGUUAUUGCCUCCUGAGGGCUGAGAUUAAAUGUGUGUGCCACUACGCCUGACCUCCUUUAAACUUUUCUAGCACUAUUUGUGGCUGUAUAGUAAAAACAUUUUGGUUAGUAUUAGCUCCAGAAAAAGCAUUUAGACCCAUUCAGAAUACAGGGGUCACAUAUCAGGUAUCCUGCUUAACAUAAUUUGCAUAAUGAUUCAUAACAGCAACAUUACAGUAAUGAAGUAGCAACAAAAUAAUUGCAUGGUUGGGGGGGGUUCACAACAUGAGGAACUGUGUUAAAGGAUCAUAGCAUUAGGAAGGUACUGACCCUGAUAUACCCAUGAACCUCUAGGCCACCUCUACAAACCAUGCAAAAAAAGCUUAACAUUUGAAGGGCAAAACUGUUUGGCACUUAUGUAUUAUGUGUGGUUAGCCAUGCAAACUGUUGGUCCCUGGGCUCAGCACUGUUCCCUGGGAUAUUUCUGAGAACACACGAAGGCAGUGAUCAGGCACAGCCUGUUGCACGCUCCUCCACUCAGACUUAGGAGAGCUGCAGCUUGGGCCGCUGAACCUCCCUGACUCACCGUCCUCAGAAGAACAUGGCCACUUUUACUCAUAAAACAGUGAUUGUGGCCAGGUAUGGCUGAAUUACAGUUCAUGCCUAACUAUAGCACUUGAAGACAGAGGCUGUGAGUCUGAGGCCAGCCUGAGCUGUAGUGGGACCUUAUCUCCAACAAACAAAAAAAUAAUUUCAUAUGGUUCAGUUGAAUAUCAAUACUCAUUCUUGUCUGUCCAUAAAACUAAGCUGACAUAUACAAAUGACAGAUUUUACAGUAAGGCAAAGGACAUUGGGUAUCAGUCGUCCAUUCCCCCACCCAUCCCCACAGUCAGUGGGACAUGUUAUGGACAGACACAACUGAGCACUGAUGAAAAAUGGCCAACUAGUGACCAUUUUGUAUGGUUCAACAGGGAAAUGCAAGGCAGUGCAGGCCACAGACUGGGUGUCUCCAACAGACUUAAUUCCUCAUAUUUCUAGCAUGAAGGUUCAGUCCUAGUGAGGGCUCGGAAAGAACUAGCUCCUUCUAGCUGGUCCUCACCUGGUGGUGACUCUUCUGUCUCUUCUUAGACACUAGUUCAGGUUGAGAGUCCCACUUUGGGUACCGUAUACACCCAUGAUUGUCUCCCAAAGGCUCAUCUCCAAGUCCCACCACUGCUGCAUGUUAGGACUGCAGUAUAGGAAUUUGGGGAGGAUAAAAAUACUGAGUCCAUAACAGGCAGGAAAGAGUAGCUUGGGAAUGAAUACACUUCAUCUCUUAAAGGAAUUAUUAUUAAAUCAUAUUAGCAUACAAGGCAAUGGGUUUCACUGUGGCAUUGUCAUAUAUGUGCUGUUAUACUUUGUUCUCAUCUAGUCCCCUCACCCACAAUAAGCUUGUUCCUCAAGAAGAAUGUAAUGAAUGCUGGAAUUCUAAAACUAAAGUGAUUUUUUUUUUUUUUUGGUUUUUCGAGACAGGGUUU